GCUAAGGGUCGCACUUCAACGACUUGAGUUUUAAGUGGAAGUACAAGCCUGUACUGUGUCCCUAGCCCAACACGGUUUAAAGUACAUUUGUUGUGGUCAACUGGAAGGAAUCCUGAGAGUGGCAACUCGCCUUCGUGAAUUGCACUCGUCACGUAAGAACAACGAGCAACAUGUCCACAGCCUUCUCCUUCCAGACGCAGCUCGUCUCCAUCAUGGACGCAUUAUCCAAAACAGCUGUGAUGGAAAUCAGCAAACUGGUGGAGAUCGAAUCCAAGAUGUUGAAAAUAGAAAUUACAAGAGGGAGAAAUGAAAUCGCCUCACUCACAGAGAAGCUGCAGCUGAUGGAGAAGUUGCUGUACAUGGCUCAGGAGCGCAGGCAGGACGCAGCAGCGGCGGCGGCGGCAGCAGCAUGCUCAGAGAUCAGAGAGCCGUCAGAAAAUAAGGCAUAUUUUGCUUCAGACAACUCAAAUGUUGGAACUACGUGGGAAAACAUAAGAUCCUCAACUGAGAUGAAAGGUUUCCAUCAAAGUGAGGAGGAUGCUUCAACUGAACCUCCAAACCCACCAAACGAAUUGUCCGAACUGAUAGUGGUGAAAGAAGAACCAGUAGAGGUGGAUGACAAUAUCCCUGAACAAGACGGAACAAUUGAAGCAAGAAAGGACACACUCAUUGAUACCCGAAAGGAUCCAUAUGGGAUACAGCAUCCUAAAACCACUGCAGGAACCCAGCAGCCUCUUUUCACCAAUAAUGCAAUGAGUUUAGGUGCCCAGCAGCGUGGUUCUGACUCCAGGAGACAGGAAAUGCAGUGGAACCAACAGCUAUCACCUGCAAAUGCAACCCUACAGGAUGGGAAACAUGUGACUCAAAAUGUUUCCUCCCAAAACUUAAGUGCACCCAGGAAUGUGAAGCUUUAUAGCUUUAGAAACUCCUCUGCUAAGAGGUUUUGCUGCAUGCAGUGUGGGAAAGGUUUCAGAUGCUUCAGUCAGCUUGAAAUACACCAAAGAAGUCACACAGGCGAAAAGCCAUUUAGAUGCACACUGUGUGGAAAGCGAUAUGCUCAGAAAGGUCACCUGUACACACACCAGCGCACACACACUGGGGAAAAGCCCUAUCGAUGCACUAUUUGUGGCAAGGGUUUUAUUCAGAAAUGCACUCUUGACAUGCACCAGCGCACACACACGGGGGAAAAACCUUUUGUUUGUGUCAGCUGUGGCAAAGGAUUCACAAAGAACUGUAAUCUGAAAAAACAUCUAGCUGUGCACCAAGAUCAUGGCCUGAACAUUUAUGGGGGUGAGUUAUUUAGUGGAAAAAAUGUUCACGAAGCCACAUAGAAUGCCAAAUAUCAAGAUGUAUUUCCUUUCUUCAUCUGGGCUUUAACAGCUACUGGAAAAUAAAGUUUGCUUUGCUUAAAA